AUGGAGUCAUUAUUAAGUGCAAUUGACAGCGCACAUCCCAUACACUUGCCCUAUCCAAAUAACAGCAGAAAACGUAGCAGACCAUCUUCUCCCCAGCAAUCCAUGUCAAUUGAAUCCAUGCUGGAUUCUGAUAGCGAUUACAUGAGCCAUAAGAGACACUGCUCAGCGUCUCCUGUACUGUCUCCACCACCGCAAUCACCACCACUCUACUACAACCAUCAUCAAAUGCAGCAACAGCAACAAAAGCCAAUGACGUCCACUGUUACCUGUUAUCAUGCAUCAGUAGCGCAGAAAUCCUACGGUUCUGAAAAGAGAUUUCUAUGUCCUCCACCAAUUGUCAUGAUGUCUAAUGCAAAACAAAGUCCAAUCGUAUCAAUGUCAGUUGUAUGUGAAACUGGAGAUCGUCAAUUGGAGCAACGUACACUGCUUGAUGAAAACCUGCGAGGCAGCUUCAAAUACCUCUUUGUCACAGGUACCGCAAAGGCAAAGCAAUUCUGUCUUCGUGUCAAUUUGAAUAGCCAACAACAACAACAGCAACAGCAACAGCAACAGCAACAGCCUUAUGCUUCCUUCUUCAGCAGCCCCAUUUCCAUCAUUUCCAAACCAUCAAAAAAGACAGCAAAAGCUCGCAACAUCUCCACCUGUCUAUUUACAAAUUCAUAUGUAUCCUUAUUUAAUCGUAUCAAUUCUCAAACUGUCCGUACAAAAUACAUGACAUCAGAGAACAAGCAGCUAUGUGCAAAGCAUUCCUCCUGGUCCCCCUUUGAAAUUAUUGUUGUACGUCAACCCAAUCAAGCCGUUAACCCUGAAAAUCACAGCGUAUCUGUUCCCAUCACUUAUGGCACUGAAAUCAUCCUCAAAGAUGUGAAUACUGGCGUUUCUUCUCCUCCUCUUAUCAUCCGCAAAGUGGAUAAGGGACAUGUGGUGAAUAAUUCGUAUGGUCUUUUGAGCCAAAUGCAAAAGAUUGCCCUCCAAUUAUCUGCCUCUGCUACCUCUUCAUCAGCGCCCUUAUACUUGAACGCAAACGGUCUAGCGAUGAACUCUCCUGAAUCUGACAACGGCAAUGUCAACCACAACACCAAUGCAUGGAUUGAUUUCAUUCCAUCCAAGGCUCCCUCCGGCACCAACAACACUGAGAAGGGCGACCCAGUAGACGAUUAUCUUUGCUGGACUAUUGUGGGUAUCUCCAAGUUUGAAUAUAGCUUUCCAGAAUCAACUCAACCACCUCAACAACCACUUGCACAACCACAACAACCUAUUGAUUAUGCUACCAGACAAUUGUCUCCCCCUCCAUCACCACCUAGAUCGAUUGUUCCAUUUCCCGUCAUCACUUCAAUUGAUUAUGUACCUCAAACACAUUCCUUGAAAGCAUUUGGACAACAUUUGAUGCAAUCGCUCCCAUAUUCUCGACUCUUGGAGUUCUGGCUUGGAUCUCAUGGACCAUUACCAGUCUCCAACAAUGAUGGAAGUCUGACAAUAUCCGUGCCUGAUACUCAAGAAUUGCUGGUGGCAAACCAUGACAUGCUGAUUACACGACCUGAUGGUGCAAGAUACUUUGAAUUGCCAUUGUUAUUGGUGAGACAUGAUGGAUUUGUUUAUCAUUCAGGCAAAACACUUUCUUAUGAUAUUGAUGUCAAUGGUGAAACUGGCAAAUGGUCUGUAAAUGAAGCAUCAAAUAGUAACUCGUCCAUUAGCUCAUCCAGCACAGCUUAA